AUGCACUUCUCAACCGCUCUCCUUCCUCUCACUCUCUUCGUUUCCUAUGUCGCGGCUCAGACUACUGCUGCAGCAAUAGGCUCUUCCUCGAGUACUUGCGAAGGCCAGAAUGUUCUUGAGGCUUGUUUGAGCUCGACGACGGCGAUUGCUAAUGCAUGUCAAUCGACUGAUUAUGGCUGUUUAUGCACGAGCUGGGAUGCCGUUCUGACAUGUUUCAACGAAUGCCCCAACGAUGCCCGCUACAGCAGCACACUCUCCUCUAAACAAACAUACUGCAACGAUGCAUCAGUAUAUACAUCGACUUCCACAUCGGCCAUCUCACGCGAUCCAUCGACAUCGGCAGAGAUUACAGCAGCGGCGGCUACAGGCACGGGUACGGGUACGGGUACGGGUACGGAAACGCAAACGCAAACGCAAACGGGGGCUGCGAAAAGUGCGAGUGCGUCGGCUGGAAGUAAGGUGGCUACGGCGACGGGGAGCGCGGCCAGCGCGGCGAGUACGGAUAAGAAUAGUGGGGCGGGAAGAAGGGUUUGGGGGGGUAUGAUGGGGGUAUUGGGGGGUGUGGGGUUGGUGGCUGCUGUGUUUUUGUAG